CAACAUUCAACUUCUUGAUUCUAUUACUCAUGAACCAGGCUACCGCUGCUUUAGAAGCUCUCAAGAAGGGUCUGGCUAGUCCAAAACCUGACCUUGUCAAGGCUGGACAAUCACUUGCCAAACUAAAGGUGCUUUUGACAGGAAUGUCUUUUUUGCUGCCAACCGGAAAGCCAGAUCCAAAAGAGAUCCUUUUAGCACGCGAAGUACUUGAAAUUGGUGCUCUGUGGAGUGUUAGAUCCCAAGAUAUUCCUUCGUUUGAAAGAUAUUUUGCUCAGCUCAAGUCAUACUACACUGAUUUUGCUAAAUUCGUGCCAGAAUCCCCACGCCACUACAUGCUUAUUGGACUGAAUCUACUUAGACUUCUUGCACAGAAUCGCAUUGCAGAGUUUCAUACUGAGCUAGAAACUAUUGAUCCAGAGUGCUUGGCAUCCAAUGUCUACAUUAAACACUCUGUUCAGAUCGAGCAGUGCUUGAUGGAAGGAUCUUACAACAAGGUCUGGAAUGCUCGUGCCAACGUGCCUGCUGAGGAAUAUUCUUUCUUUAUCAAUAUUCUUAUGGGCACCAUUAGAAACGAAAUUGCUAGCUGUAGUGAAAAGACGUACAAUACUCUUCCCAUUGCAGAUGCCACCACUUUACUUUAUUUUCAGACUGUCGAGCAGUUUUUCACUUUUGCAAAAGAGCGUGGAUGGAAUGUUGGCACCGCUGAUAAAAUGGUACAUUUUGCUUCGACUAAUGGUGCUGUACACGACAUUCCAACUGCCAAUAUCAUUCAGCAAACUCUUGGGUACGCUCACGAGUUGGAACAAAUUGUCUAGACUAUGAUCAAAAAUCUUGCAUCCGCUACUCACUAGUGUGACUUGAUGGAUGGGACGAGAUUUUGGCUAUUUGGAAAUGUCUUUGAUUUAGGAUAAGUGUGUUGUGCGGAUGAAAUAAACUUCAACUUUUACUUGUUCGGC